UGGCGGCGGCGGCGGGGCCGGAGGAGUCGGAGCCGGGUGGUUCUUUCCGCCGGUGCUUGGCCCGGCUGGGCGCUCUGCAGCCUCAGCCCGGCGCUGAGCGGCCCGACGGCGGCCGCCGCACCGAGCUGCACCUGCUGCUCGACCUGCUCCUCUCGGAGAGCUGCGGGCCGGCGGCCCAGCCCAGCCCCCAGGAUGUUUGUGCCCUGCUUGUCCAAGCCUGUCAGCUGGUUCCCCUUGAUGAGGAACACCUUGUCAUCAAAGUUUGUCAGCUUAUUCAUCAUCUGCUUAACAGAUUUCAGGUGAUGGUUGAUGAACAGAACUUGAAUUUUCUUUUAUCCUACUGCAUCUCUGCUCUUAAGCAGUGCAGCUCUUGGACACAUGUUGAAAUCCUGCAAGCCUUAGCAGCUCUUGUUUACAAUAAUGGACCUAAAUGUCAGCAGCAUCUCCCAGAUUUGCUGGGCAGGACGGGGCUCUUGGUGCAGCUGAGUGAUGCUGCUCAGCCCGACGUGGAGCUCCGGCGGGCAGCGCUGCGCGCCAUGGCCAACCUCUGCCUCAGUGUGCCUGGGCAGCCAUACUUGGAUGAGUCCUACAGAAGUGUCUGUUUUCAAACUUUUCUAAGUGUUCUGCAGUCUUCCAAGACCACUGACAUAGAUGACAUCACUUUUUGCAUGUUGCUGCAGAAUGCACUGAAAGGUAUCCAGUCACUUCUAAAUGGUGGGAAGAUGAAACUAAUGCAGACUGACCAAAUUGGACCUCUUUUUGCAGUAUUAAAGAAAUGUAUGUUUCAUGGACUGCCAGGACUGAGCAUAGAAGUGCCCACAGCUCUGUACCCGGCCCCGCUCCCGCAGUAUGACAAAAGGUCACCUGUCAAGCAGGAACAAUCAGAAACCACCACCUUUAAGCAGACAGGGAACCGAAGAAAAAAGUCCAAAGGGAAACAAAAGAAGGGAGAGUUGGGAGAAGAAGGAAAAGAAGAUCUGGAUGAUGCAGGAAAAGAAUCAAUCCUUGCAUCUAACCUGCUGAAAUUGCACCUGGGGGAGGUGCAGAAAAGUCCUCGUUCAGAUCCCCGGAGCCAUGCAUCGGAUGUUGCUCCUGUGCCUGCUGGGAAGGAUCAUUUGUCUUCACAUCACAUGAGUUGGAAAAGAAUCAGCAGCAGUGAGUCAGAAUAUUCUGAUGCUGAAGGUGGAAUGCAGAGCAAAACAAGAUCUUAUCAGGCCAAUGUUCGUCAAGGGGCUCUUGCCUGUUUCCUCUCUGCUAUAAAAUCAAUAGAAAAAAGAGUUCUUUAUGGCUACUGGUCAGCAUUUGUUCCUGAUGCUCCUGGUAUUGGCAGCCCCCAGUCUGUGUCCUUGAUGACUAUUGCUUUGAAGGACCCUUCUCCAAAGACCCGUGCCUGUGCUCUUCAAGUUCUCUCAGCCAUCCUGGAAGGUUCCAAGCAGUUUCUUUCAGUUGCUGAAGAUGCCAGUGAUCACAAGAGGGCUUUUAUUCCCUUCUCUGUAACUAUUGCUUCCAGCAUCCGGGAGCUGCACCGCUGCCUGCUGCUCGCCCUGGUGGCAGAGUCCUCCUCUCAAACCCUGACACAAAUAAUCAAGUGCCUUGCAAAUUUGGUUUCCAACGCACCCUACAACCGCUUGAAACCUGGGUUGCUGACAAGAGUUUGGAACCAGAUAAAGCCAUACAUCUGUCAUAAAGAUGUUAAUGUUAGAGUUUCCAGUCUGACCUUAUUAGGAGCUAUAAUAUCUGUCCAAGCACCUUUACCAGAGGUGCAGUUACUUUUGCAACAGCCCAGUUCUUCAGGGCUAAAUAAUAGUGGUAGCUCAACCCCUCACCGUUCCAAUCCCUGUGAGCAGUGGAGGAAAGCCCUGCCAGCAGCAGGGGAGCCUCCGGAGCACCCAGCAGGAUCUGCAGCUCCAGAGCCCUGCUGGCUUCUCCGUCUCUGCGUUUCCAUCACUGUUCUGCCCAGAGAGGAUUCCUGUUCCGACAGCGACGUGAACUUCCCGUCGUUGUCCAGCGUUUAUGAGCCCUGUCCCCUUCGCCUGGAAUCCUUACAGGUGUUGGCUCUUCUUGUAAAAGGUUAUUUCUCUAUGGCUCAGAGCUAUUUCCUAGAGCUUGGAGAAGUGGCUUGUAGAUGCAUGGAAGAAAUGGAUCCAUCCAUUCAGCUUCAUGGAGCCAAACUUCUGGAGGAGCUGGGCACAGGAGUGCUGCAGCAGUACAAACCUGAUUCACCAGUUGCCCCUGAUCAGAGGGUGCCAGUCAGUGUGGUUGUAACUUUCUGGACAAUGAUGUUAAAUGGCCCUUUACCUGGAACCCUCCAGAACUCCCCACACGCAACUCUGCAGACGAGCGCCUGUGAUGCCCUGUCCUCUAUCUUGCCAGAAGCUUUCAGCAGCCUGCAGAAUGACCAGCAGAUCCUGUGUGUCACUCUGCUGCUUGGCCUGAACCACAGUGAGAACCCGCUGGUAAAAGCUGCUGCUGCCCGUGCCCUUGGAGUCUACAUCCUCUUCUCUUGCCUUCGGCAGGAUGUGAUGUUUGUAGCAGACACAGCCAAUGCCAUCCUGACCUCCCUCCAUGACAAGUCUCCCAACGUCCGUGCCAAAGCAGCUUGGUCCCUGGGCAACCUCACAGACACUCUGAUCAUCAACAUGGAAACAAUGGGACAAAGUUUCCAAGAGGAGUUUUCUGAUGUUCUGCUGUUGAAAAUGUUGCGGUCUGCGACGGAAGCAUCCAAGGACAGAGACAAGGUGAAGAGCAACGCGGUCCGUGCCCUUGGGAACGUGCUGCAUUUCCUUCAGCCAUAUCACAUAGCAAACCCCAGGUUCAGGGAAGCCAUUGAGGAGUCUCUUCAGGCCCUGAUUUCUACUGUGCAGAGUGAGGCCACGAUGAAAGUGCGCUGGAACGCCUGCUACGCGCUGGGGAACGUGUUCAAGAACCCUGCCUUGCCACUUGGAGAAGCACCUUGGACCACACAAGCAUAUGGUGCCCUUUCCUCAGUAGUGAAAUCCUGCAAGAAUUUUAAAGUCCGAAUCAAAUCAGCCAUGGCCCUCUCCAUCCCCAGCAAGAGGGAAUGCUAUGGCUCCACUGAGCAGUUCUGCCAGAUCUGGAGUGCCCUGGUGGUGGCCUUGCAGAAGAGUGAAGACACAGAGGACUUUCUGGAAUUCAAGUACAGUGCCAGCCUCCGGACACAGAUCUGCCAGGCUCUGCUGCAUUUGUUAAGUCUGGCAAAGAGCACAGACCUGCCAGUCAUCUGGGAAAGCAUCAGAGAAAAUGGGGAUUUGAUCAAAUCCUACGUCUUGCAAUAUCUGAAAUCUGGAGGGGAGGAGAACGAAGCAGGAAUGCACACAGACUUCUGGGAGAGGGAGAGAGCACUGAAAGGAGCUAUUGAACAUCUCUGUGGGAUAGAGAAACAGCUGAAGGGCAAAGCUAGGGCAAGAGUGUCUGGUUAUCUGGAAGAUGUCUUGGCAAACCAUGGCAAUGCCACUGAACUAACAGAGGCGUAGAGAGAAACCCCUGGUUCAGUGACCAGUAACUUUGACUUCCCCGUGGGCACAGAGGAGAAACAUGCUGCCUUCACUGCCACUGGGCAGCCAGGAGGAAAGCUUCCUGUGGGUGGUAUUAAACAAUUUACAUCAAGCUUAUCACAGAAUCAUGGUAUGGUUGAGGUUUGAAGAAAUCUUAAAAGAUCAUCAGGAUCCAACCUCUCAUUAGAUUGGGUUGCUCUGGCUUUAAACACCUUCAGGGAGGGAACAUCGGCAACCUAUUCCAGCACCUCCCUACCCUCAUGGUGAAGAACUUCUUCCUGAUGUCUGACCUAAAUCUCCCCUCUUUCAGUUUAAAACCAUCACCCCUUGUCCUGUCACUGCCCUCUCUGGUGAAGAGCCCCUCCCCAGCUUUCCUGUAGGCCCCAAAACGUUUCCUCUGGGUGGUAUUAAAGAAUUUAUUUCCAACUUGCUGAAUUAAUUCAUAAGGCCUGAUGAAAAGAUCUGCAGAAGUUUAUAUUUUAUUUAUUAUUUUCUGUUCACUGAAGUCUUAAAUUGUCUUCCCUUGGUUUUGUUUGUACACUGCACUGUUACAGUGUUGCCCCUUGGAAAACAAAUGUCUUCUUCUUUGUAUGUUUUAUAUCACCAGCCUGUUCUCUCAGUUUACCUGAAGCCAUUUUGUUACUAUUGCUGCUGUGUUCAAAACAGUGUUUGUAAAGGAGGGGUCUGGAAGAAUCCUGUGUUUCUGAGCACUGCAAAUGUUGUCACUCCUGUGUUCCUGCAAUAAACCUAAAUUUGCCAAUAUUUGAAUAACA